AGCAUUCUUCCGCCACUCUUCUCCAUCUCCACUAUCAGAGGUGUUACGGUCCUAUUGUCAUUUCAGCAACUUUUUCUCGCUUUUUUGGACAAUGGCCGCGCUUCGAUCUUCUACUCGCCUCUUGGCUUCGCGUUCUCUUUUCAGGACGACAGUGCCUGUUCGGUCUUUUGCCUCUGUCAAUCCUAUCGAGUCCGUCAAGGAGGCUACUUCAGCUAGCCGUCCUCCUGUCAAUGAAUCCAAGACAUCUACUGUCCAGGAGCCCAGCGCCAGCCCUGAUGCCAGAAUCAAGACUUUCCACGUCUAUCGAUGGAACCCUGACGAGCCGACCUCAAAGCCGCGGAUGGAGUCGUACACCCUCGAUUUAAACAAGACUGGACCCAUGAUGCUUGAUGCUUUGAUCCGGAUCAAGAACGAGGUCGACCCUACCCUGACUUUCCGUCGAAGUUGCCGAGAGGGAAUUUGCGGAAGCUGCGCGAUGAACAUUGACGGUGUCAACACCCUCGCGUGCCUGUGCCGUAUCCCCACCGAUACCAAGCAGGAGUCUCGCAUCUAUCCCUUGCCUCACACCUACGUAGUCAAGGAUCUCGUGCCUGACCUCACACUCUUCUAUAAACAAUACAAGUCGAUCAAGCCCUACCUCCAGCGCAGUACUCCGGCGCCAGAUGGUCGGGAAUACCGCAUGUCUAGAGAGGACCGCAAAAAGCUCGACGGUCUGUACGAAUGUAUCCUCUGCGCCUGCUGCUCGACUUCUUGCCCCUCAUACUGGUGGAACUCCGAAGAAUACCUUGGCCCCGCUAUUCUGCUGCAGUCCUACCGCUGGAUUGCCGACGCCCGUGACGAGCAGACCGAGCAGCGCAAGGACGCGCUCAAUAACUCUAUGAGUCUGUACCGAUGCCACACCAUUUUGAACUGCACUAGAACGUGCCCCAAGGGUCUCAACCCUGGUUUGGCUAUCGCAGAGAUUAAGAAGAGCUUGUCGUUUUCGUAAAGAGUAAGCCUUGACAAUGAUGGUCUCUUAGUUGGUGUUUUGACGCUUGAAAUUGCUUCGUCUCCUGGUCUCAUAUUUUUAUUCUUGUAGUUAUAGCGUAGCAGGACGCGCAAAGGGAUCCUGUCCAUAUCAUAGGUUGUACCGCUGCAAUUUAUAACUUAGCCUAUACCACAAUAAGAGUUGCUGAUGUUCUCGGAUA